CACACUCAUAAACAGCAGCCAGGCAGAGGUAGAGUCAGAAGGACACAGGAUCUCUGGGAGAAGGAGAUCAGAGCAGCAGCGAGACAGUGAUAGAGUUUCAUUCACAAAACAGCAGUGUUGUACUCAGCAGGGAAACAUUUGACUUUUUAUGGAGAAGCACUCACACACCCUAAUAAAAUCCCAGAGUGUGCCAUCCUGAGGAAAAGCAGAAAAGCUCAAAGUUCGAGACACACUACCUUCACUGAGAGAGAGAGAGAGAGGGAGAGAGAGAGGAAGAGAGGAAAAGGGCAAACAUACCGUCUCUCUCGUUCCCAGCAGCACACACACACUCACACACACAUGCUCACUGACUGAGUGUGGACUAGGAGCCAGUACCCUCGGAGAGAGAGAUAGGUCGUGGAUCACCGGAAAGGAAGGAAGGAGCCUGUGGAUGGACACCUUCUGCAAACUCAGUGGCCUGGACCCACUGUGGGACUGGAACCGCACGUGGUACACAGCCAGCCCCGACCUCACCCACUGUUUCCAGAACACGGUGCUGGUGUGGGUGCCCUGUGUGUACCUCUGGCUGCUGGCCCCCUUCUACUGCCUGCACCUCUACUGCCAUGGCAACGGACGCAUCCGCAUCUCCUGCCUGUGCACCGCCAAGAUGGUGCUGGGCUUCCUGCUGGCCUCCUUCGGCUUCGUGGAGUUCUUCUACAUCCUGCUGGAGCGGAGCGGGGAGAUCCACCAGCACAUGGUGUUCCUGCUCAGCCCCAUCGUGCGCAGCGUGACCGUGAUCCUGGCCUUAUUCAUCAUCCAGCUAGAGCGGCUGCGAGGAUGUCGUUCCUCCGUGUUCCUCUUCCUCUUCUGGGUCCUGGCCGUGGUCUGUUCCCUGGUCCCACUCAGAGCCAAGAUCCAGUUGGCACUGGACGAGGGCAUCGGCUCCGACGUGGUCCGUUUCCUGGCCUUCUUCUCCUACUUCACCCUGCAGCUGGCCCAGCUCGUCCUGGUGUGUUUCGCUGACCAGCGCUCCCAGGGGAAGACCGGCACUGAGAAGGUAGGGGAGAGAGAGGGGAACGCGGAGCGCGGUUGUUCCUCCCCCCCCGUCGACAGCCUGCUGCUGGGCUUCAUGAGGGACGACGAGGCGCCUCUCUGGAAGGGCUACUUCUACGCCACGCUCAUCUUCCUGCUGUCCUGCCUGCAGUCGCUCUUCAACCACCAGUACAUGUACACCUGCUUCACCGUGGGCAUGCGCGUCAAGACCGCCGUCAUGGGCCUCGUCUACAGGAAGUCUCUGGUGAUCAACAGCUCUGCCCGGAGGAGGUGCACCGUGGGAGAGAUCGUGAACCUGGUGUCGGCUGACACCCAGAAGCUCAUGGACUUCGUGGUGUACUUCAACGCAGUGUGGCUCGCGCCCAUCGAGAUCGCCCUCUGCCUCUUCUUCCUCUGGCAGCAUCUCGGGCCGUCUGCGUUGGCCGGGAUCGCCACGGUCAUCCUCAUCUUCCCACUCAACGGGUACAUCGCCAAGAAGAGGAGCAAAUUACAGGAGGUCCAGAUGAAGUUCAUGGACGGUCGGAUUCGCCUGAUGAACGAGAUCCUGAGUGGGAUCAAGAUCCUGAAGUUCUACGCCUGGGAGAAGGCCUUCCUGGAGCAGGUCCUGGGCUACCGGGAGAAGGAGCUCCAAGCCCUGAAGAAGUCCCAGGUCCUCUACUCCAUCUCCUUCGCCUCCUUCAACUGCUCCUCCUUCCUGAUUGCCUUCGCCAUGUUCGGUGUCUACGUCACCAUCGACGCCAGGAACGUCCUGGACGCGCAGAAGGUCUUCGUGUCGAUGGCGCUGAUCAACAUCUUGAAGACGCCACUCAGCCAGCUGCCCUUCGUGAUGAGCACCACCAUGCAGGCUAUCGUCUCGCUGAGGCGUCUGGGAAAGUACCUGUGUUCAGAGGAGCUGAAGGGGGACAACGUCACAAAGGCCGCCUACAGUCUGGACGGUGAAGACGUCUCGAUAGACAACGGCACCUUCAGCUGGUCUGGUGAGGGUCCCCCGUGUCUCAAAAGGAUCAACGUCCACGUGCCGCGCGGCUCCCUGGUGGCGGUGGUUGGUCACGUGGGCAGCGGGAAGUCCUCCCUGCUGUCCGCCAUGCUGGGGGAGACCGAGAGGAGGAGUGGCCACGUCACCGUCAAGGGCUCCCUGGCGUACGUGCCGCAGCAGGCGUGGAUCCAGAACGCCACGGUGCAGGACAACGUGGUGUUUGGCCGGGAGAAGCUGAAGACCUGGUACCAGUGCGUGCUGGAGGCCUGCGCCCUGCUCCCCGACCUGGACAUCCUGCCAGCAGGGGACGCCACCGAGAUCGGGGAGAAGGGCCUGAACCUCUCCGGGGGGCAGAAGCAGCGGGUGAGCCUGGCCCGGGCGGUGUACCGCCGGGCCGACGUCUACCUGCUGGACGACCCGCUCUCCGCCGUCGACGCCCACGUGGGCCAGCACAUCUUCGACAAGGUCAUCGGGCCCAAGGGGGUGCUCCGGGACAAGACGCGCGUCCUGGUGACCCACGGGAUGAGCUUCCUGCCCCAGGCCGACCUGAUCCUGGUGAUGGUGGACGGGGAGAUCACGGAGAGCGGCUCCUACCAGGAGCUGCUGAGCCGCCAGGGCGCCUUCGCAGAGUUCAUCCACACCUUCGCCAACACCGAGCGCAAGGAGAGCGCCAUCCAGAGGGCUGGCUCCAGGAGGUCCAACGCCCGGCUCAGCAUGGUGGACUUCAUGCCCUGCUCCAGAGACCUCUCCCAGGAGCAGCUCAUCGGAGGCGACUCCACCAACACCAACCUCCAGAACAUGGAGUCAGUCCCGGAGUCGGAGCAGGAGCAGGUACCAGAGGACCUGGGCCGACUGACGGAGGUGGAUAAGGCCCGCACCGGGCGGGUGCGGCUGGACAUGUACAUGGAGUACUUCAAGACCAUCGGCGUGGCCCUGGUCGUGCCCAUCGUCCUCAUGUACGCCUUCCAGCAGGGGGCGUCGCUCACCUACAACUACUGGCUGUCGCUGUGGGCGGACGGGCCCGUCGUGAACGGCACCCAGCAGGGCACCGACCUCAAGCUGGCCGUGUUCGGGGCGCUCGGAUUGGCUCAGGGCAUCGCCAUCUUCGGCACCACGGUGGCCAUCUCGCUGUGCGGCAUCGUGGCGUCGCGCCAGCUGCACCGGGAGCUGCUGAACAACGUGCUGCACUCGCCCAUGUCCUUCUUCGAGACCACGCCCAGCGGGAACCUGCUGAACCGCUUCGCCAAGGAGAUCGACGGCAUCGACUGCAUGAUCCCCGACGGCCUGCGCAUGAUGCUGGGCUACGUCUUCAAGCUGCUGGAGGUCUGCGUCAUCGUCAUGAUGGCCACGCCCUUCGCUGCCGUCUUCAUCCUGCCCCUCGCCUUCCUCUACGCCUUCGUCCAGAGUUUCUACGUGGCCACGUCGUGCCAGCUGCGGCGGCUGGAGGCCGUGAGCCGCUCGCCCAUCUACACGCACUUCAACGAGACGGUGCAGGGCGCCAGCGUGAUCCGCGCCUUCCGGGAGGAGCGCCGCUUCAUCCUGCAGGCCAACAAGAGGGUGGACUUCAACCAGACCGCCUACUUCCCCCGCUUCGUGGCCACCAGGUGGCUGGCCGUCAACCUGGAGUUCGUGGGGAACGGCGUGGUCCUGGCCGCCGCCAUCCUGUCCGUCAUGGGGAAGCACACCCUGAGUCCGGGGAUCGUUGGGCUCGCCGUGUCCCACUCCCUCCAGGUUACCGGGAUCCUCAGCUGGAUCGUGAGGUCAUGGACGGACGUGGAGAACAACAUCGUCUCUGUGGAGAGGGUCAAGGAGUACGCCGACACUGCUAAAGAGGCACCGUGGACCGUGGAGGGGAGCUCGCUGCCCCCUGCCUGGCCCCAGAGAGGCACCAUCGAGUUCCAGGACUACGGCCUUCAGUACCGCAAGGGCCUGGACCUCGCUCUGAAGGGCAUCACCCUCAGCAUCCAGGAGAGGGAGAAGGUGGGCAUCGUGGGGCGGACGGGAGCGGGGAAGUCCUCUCUGGCGCUGGGGAUCUUCAGGAUCCUGGAGGCGGCCAAGGGGAAGAUCUUUGUGGACGGAGUGGACCUGGCCGACAUCGGACUGCACGACCUGCGCUCGCGCAUCACCAUCAUCCCCCAGGACCCCGUCCUGUUCUCGGGCUCCCUGCGGAUGAACCUGGACCCCUUUGAUAACUACACUGACCAGGAGGUGUGGAGCUCCCUGGAGCUCGCUCACCUCAAGAACUUUGUCUCCAACCUGCCCGACAAACUGAGCCACGAGUGUUCCGAGGGCGGGGAGAACCUCAGUCUGGGCCAGCGUCAGCUCGUGUGUCUGGCCCGAGCUCUGCUGAGGAAGACGAAGAUCCUGGUCCUGGACGAAGCCACGGCGGCCGUGGACCUGGAGACCGACACCCUGAUCCAGUCCACGAUCAGGACCCAGUUUGAGGACUGCACCGUGCUGACCAUCGCCCACCGCCUCAACACCAUCAUGGACUACACCCGGGUGAUCGUGAUGGACAAGGGCCUCAUCUCUGAGACGGACUCCCCUGCCAACCUCAUCGCACAGCGGGGGCCGUUCUACCGCAUGUGCCGGGAAGCUGGGCUGGUCUAGGCCUUCCCAUCGCCCCUCUCCUCCAACAGAACCCUCUAGAAGUGUCUGGUCUAGGUCUGCUCCCCUCUCCUCCAACAGAACCCUCUAGAAGUGUCUGGUCUAGGUCUGCUCCCCUCUCCUCCAACAGAACCCUCUAGAAGUGUCUGGUCUAGGUCUGCUCCCCUCUCCUCCAACAGAACCCUCUAGAAGUGUCUGGUCUAGGCCUUCCCAUCGCCCCUCUCCUCCAACAGAACCCUCUAGAAGUGUCUGGUCUAGGUCUCCCCCCCUCCUCUCCUCCAACAGAACCCUCUAGAAGUGUCUGGUCUAGGUCUGCUCCCCUCUCCUCCAACAGAACCCUCUAGAAGUGUCUGGUCUAGGUCUCCCUCCCUCCUCUCCUCCAACAGAACCCUCUAGAAGUGUCUGGUCUAGGUCUCCCCCAUCAAACCACACCGGCCGGCCUUGAUGCAGCUCGGAGGCGUUACCGGGGCAUUACGUGUUUACAGAAGAAGAGGGUGAAUCUGAAGGGAAACAGAACCUCACGUUUGAAGGUUCGUUCAAAACUCCAAGAAAACAGAAAACGUGUCAGAAGUGCGCUGUUCCUCAGAGCGGACAAUGUGGUGCUUCUCAGAGCGUGUAGACGGAACAGGUACGGCCGACUGUGUGGAUUUAACCCUCUGUAUAUACUAGAGCUACUGGCUGACUCACUCAUAUAUCGUGGCAUUUACUGACGGGAAUCAUUUUAUUCUUUGGGGUUGAAUCUAAAAUGGAUCAUAUUCAUUUUAAGAUGUUGAUAUCUCAGGAGAACAACUUGUGCAACCGUUCUGAGAAUAAAUCAGCCUACUUACAUUGUGCUCAACUGUUGCGGAAUCCGGGACCCGAAAAUACUUUUCUAGACACAAUAAGCACUAAAAAAAAGAUUAUCUCACUAUGCAGCAUGAGUGUUAAAUAUAAUCUGUUUUCUAUUUGUUUUGAUUCAACAAAUAGAAUUUGUUCAAUUUCGAAAUCAUCUGGUUCAGCUGUACUGAGUCCUUUGUGUAUUUAUGCCAAAGCACAAAUAUAAAACCAAUCCAAGAGUCCUUUCCAGUCAGACACCAGUCGAAAGUAACGUAAUUAUUGUACAGAAGUGUUUCAAAUCUUAUGCUGAUUCAAUGGAAUGUAUAUAAUAAUCACAAUGUUGACCUUUAUCUCGACAUUUUUAAUUCCAAAUUGACUUUUGGAGGAAGUAAAUGUGUUGUUAUUUUGUCUUACUGGUUUAGACAGAAUAUUCAAAGAAAAGCUGUACGUUAUUUAUGUCAUAUGACAAAAUUUGUUAAAGUGACAGAACUGUAUUAUAUUUAUACUUUUUUAUAUCACUCUUGUUUAUAUUUUACUAUUGCUGUAUGCAUUGUCUUAUCAUAGUUCAUGCUGGAUUAAUAAAACAUGUUUUAAAAUCA